AUGGGAGAAGUCCAAAAGGGUUUGUUUUCAGUCAUUGAGAAGCUAAAAGGCACUACUGAGCAAGAGCUGCGGAUAGUUCUUCUCGGUCUCGAUAAUGCCGGAAAAACCACUUUGUUAAAACAACUCGCCUCAGAAGACGUGAACACCAUCACUCCAACUCAGGGUUUCAACAUUAAAAGUGUGACCUGUGAUGGCAUGAAGCUGAAUGUUUGGGACAUUGGAGGACAGAGGAAGAUUCGACCAUUCUGGAAGAAUUAUCUAGAAAACACAGAUUUAUUGAUUUAUGUGAUUGACAGUGCAGACAAAAAGAGAUUUGAGGAAACAGGAUUGGAGCUCUCGGAGCUCAUCGAUGAGGAGAACCUGAAGGGUGUGCCAUUGCUCAUCUUUGCCAAUAAACAAGACCUGGCCACAGCCUCCCCGGCCAGUGAGAUUGCAGAGGGCCUCAACCUGCACACGUACCGGGACAGAGAGUGGCAGAUCCAAGCAUGUUCUGCCGUAUCCGGGGAGGGUGUACAGGAUGGCAUGAACUGGAUCAGCAACAAUAUUGUAAAUAAGAAGAAAUAAAUCUGCUCACUUCUAAGUGUUAUUUUGUACAAUUGCUCUGAUUUUUCUGUUAAUGUAAACCACUUAUAAAAUAUUUACAGAAACUUUUUUUUUGUUAAUAUAUAAAUGAUCUAUCUUCCUGUUUGUAAAUUGGCUGCCAACAGAGACCGGCAGGAAAUCAGAACAAAACAAAUCAUUUUCCCUCUCUUAUCUUCUCAUCUCUUAUGCUCUUACAGAGAGUUUUUUUUUCUUUUUCUUUUGCUCUCUGGCUAGACAAGCUUUCUUUGAAAUCUGUAAACUGUGCUUUCGCAGUCAUGUUUUUGGAAAAUAUGACAUACCAGGGUAUAAAUAAUGCAAGCAAGCAAGAUUUGCAGCCUAACAUAAGAAUGAGGUAUCAGUGUAUGUAUCCCAAAUAUAUAUAGACUUCUUCAGCUGUUUUGAUAUUUGUCACACCAGAGAAUUAUCUCUAACCGAGCAAAAAUCAUACUUUGUAUAAGAUGAUACGUGAAGCCCCCUUUUUGUUUCAGUGUGACUGGAUUUGAUAG